AGAAUGUUUAAUAGUAUUUCAUAUAAACGUCCGUAACUAGAAAGGACUAACUAUUUUUGGAAAUAAAUUUUCAAUAAAAUGUACGUGACCUUGCUUUAUAAUCAGCAUUUUCAGAAUGACUAGCAAUGUAUUCUGACGACAAUUUUACAAUAGAUUGAUCGCUUGGACCCUUUGGUUUUGGACGUAUGGAUAGAAGCUGUAGGACCACCUUUGCUCUUCCCUUUGCAAGGUCUAAACCAGGAUGAUGAUACACCUGCUGUAUUGUGGAUGUCAAAAUCAGACCCGCAGCGCGCGUUGCAUGUAUCGAACACAUCAAGAUGUAGUGUAAACAUACAUACGUACCUUAUCAACGAACACGAGUACCCUCAAGAUCAACUACCGUUCCGUCUAUACAUUCGUUUUUACGACGUUCUCCCACGCACAUGUCCUUGUGUCCCUGCAACAGAUUCGGGAUCAUACAUUGAAGAUUCUGAGAAGGAAAGCAGCUCAGUAUAUGUGGAAAUGGAUACGGAGAUCGAAUUGUUCCUCGCCCGGGAUUACGGCACGCAGGACCAUACUUUUUAUACAUUCGAACCAAAAGAAUUUACAAUUGACGAAAACUCCAGCGCUGCUCCGCUUGUGACGCUGUCAAAUGAACCCGACCCACCACCAUCUUGUGGGAUUCUGAUGAGAAUACUACCAAUAGGUAAAACGCGGGGGCCUAACUGGUAUCGCCCGGAGCCUCCACCACUGAUCGUCCGUUUAAUGGCGAUUCCACGGUCCCCAAAAUUAUUAGUUCUUCCCACGAAAUUGCACAUUCAGAUCUGCGCUCUGGAUCUACCAGCGAAUGACAUACUCAGAAUAAGGAAACAUAUACGAGUCAUGAAUACCGGUUCAGGACGUCUUCAAACGUAUGCUGUUACUGAAAAGCCCUGGUUUCUUCGCAUUCCUCAAGAGCAGUGUUUUGCUAAAUGCAUAGGCUCAGGUCUGGGGUCACAUACGCUUGAUUUAGAAUUAUUCCCUGGUAGUUCUACUGAGGUGGCGGUUGAAGUCGCAAUAGUGACAAAAGAUAUGUGGCCGAAACCAGGAGAAGUAUAUGACUCCUAUAAGAACGAUACAGCUGAACUAAAAUUCUUUGAUGAACAGAACAUCUUUUUAAUGUCUAUGCCUUUGCACUUGAACGUAGAAUUUCCGAAGUUACAAGUGGAGCCAAGUAAAAUCGACUUCGGUUACGUAAUGGACGGAGAUUAUAGGAAAACCUACUUCACGCUAAUGCAAACUAGUUCCACUAUAACGAUGGAAGUGGCAAUAGAAAGUCGUGGGGAUAAAGAGUACCGGAUAUGGCCGCCGAGAUUAACUCUUGCGCCUCGCACCCGAGAACGAGUCUACGUGCAAUUUAUUUCAAGAUGGCAGCUAUGGCCCGCAGAAAGCACAGUGCACAUACGUGCGCUCACCACGGCAGGCGUUUGGUGUAUGACUGUUGUGCCGUUACACGCGCAGUCCACGCUCGAUCGCGCAACGCACCUACCCGCACACGACUAUACUGAUGAUUCACGCCUGUCUACGCAUUGACGAAAUAAAUAAUU